UGGGCUGCUGGAUAGCUGGAAGUCGUUGGCGGUGGUGGGGAAAGUGAGCUAUGGCAACCGCGAGUGCCUUUCCAGGCGUAUCUUUGCGAGAAGCCACCCAGCGAAGGUUGCGGAGGUUUUCAGAGCUUAGAGGCAAACCUGUGGCAGCUGGAGAAUUCUGGGACAUUGUUGCAAUAACAGCAGCUGAUGAUAAACAGGAACUUGCUUAUAAGCAACAGCUGUCAGAAAAGCUGAAAAAAAAGGAGUUACCGCUUGGAGUUCAAUAUCAUGUUUUUGUUGAUCCUGCUGGAGCCAAAAUUGGAAAUGGAGGAUCGACACUUUGUGCCCUUCGAUGUUUGGAAAAGCUUUAUGGAGAUGAGUGGAAUUCUUUUACCAUCCUAUUAAUUCACUCUGGUGGCUACAGUCAACGCCUUCCAAAUGCAAGUGCUCUGGGGAAAAUUUUCACUGCUUUACCUUUUGGUAGCCCCAUUUAUCAGAUGUUGGAAUUAAAACUAGCCAUGUACAUUGAUUUCCCCUCACAUAUGAAUCCUGGGAUUCUGGUUACCUGUGCAGAUGAUAUUGAACUUUAUAGUAUUGGAGAAUCUGAGUAUAUUAGGUUUGACAAACCUGGCUUUACUGCUUUAGCUCAUCCUUCUAGUUUGACUGUAGGUACAACACAUGGAGUAUUUGUCUUAGAACCUUUUAACUAUUUAGAACAUAGAGACCUUGAGUACAGAAGUUGCCGUCGUUUCCUUCAUAAGCCCAGCAUAGAAAAGAUGUAUCAGUUUGAUGCUGUGUGUAGACCUAGAAAUUUUUUUCAACAAAGCUUGGCUGGGGGUGACAUACCCUCUCUUAAAUUAGACCCUGAGUAUGUCUACACAGACAGCCUAUUUUACAUGGAUCAUAAAACAGCGAAAAAGUUACUUGCUUUUUAUGAAAAAAUAGGUACACUAAACUGUGAAAUAGAUGCCUAUGGAGACUUUCUGCAGGCUUUGGGACCUGGAGCAACUGUGGAAUAUACCAGAAACAUAUCAAAUGUUACUAAAGAAGAGUCAGAGUUGGUAGACAUGAGGCAAAGAAUAUUUCAUCUUCUUAAAGGAACAUCACUAAAUGUUGUUGUUCUUAAUAACUCCAAAUUUUAUCACAUUGGAACAACUGAAGAAUAUUUGUUUCAUUUUACUUCUGAUAGCAAUUUGAAGUCAGAGCUUGGCUUACAGUCCAUAGCUUUUAGCAUCUUUCCAGCAAUACCAGAAUGCUCUAGUAACAAAUCCUGUAUCAUUCAAAGUAUAUUGGAUUCAAGAUGUUCUGUGGCACCUGGCUCAGUUGUAGAGUAUUCCAGAUUGGGGCCUGAUGUUUCAGUGGGGGAAAAUUGCAUUAUUAGUGGUUCUUAUAUCAUAACAACAGCCGUCCUGUCUGCACAUUCUUUUGUGUGUUCCUUAAGCUUGAAGAUGAAUAGACACUUAAAGUAUUCAACUAUGGCAUGUGGAGUGCAAGACAACUUGAAAAAGAAUGUUAAAACAUUGUCAGAUAUAAAGUUACUUCAAUUCUUUGGAGUCUGUUUCCUGUCAUGCUUAGACAUUUGGAAUCUCAAAGUUACAGAGGAACUGUUCUCUGGAAACAAGACAUGUUUGAGUUUGUGGAAUGCUCGUAUUUUCCCAGUUUGUUCUUCUUUGAAUGAUUCAGUUACAACAUCCCUAAAGAUGUUAAAUGCUGUACAGAACAAGUCAGCAUUCAGCCUGAAUAAAUAUAAGCUGUUGUCCAUUGAAGAAAUGCUUUUCUACAAAGAUGUGGAAGACAUGAUAACUUAUAGGGAGCAAAUUUUUCUAGAAAUUACUUUGAAUAGAAAACAGUCUGAUUUAGAGACAUCCUAAAUAUUGUAUACUCUGCCUUUCUUGAUUGAGCAAGAUUGCAGAUGCAGGAGUUUUCUGUAGACUGUUGUUUUUUAAUUGAAGUGAAUUAAUGAAAAUUAUAUUAACAUGAUUGCUGUAGCAUAAAAUUAAUAACAAAAGUACAAAUAAACCAUUUUUUGAUGAAAGAAUAGCUUAAGGAUGUAAGUUCAGAAAAGUGAUUUUUAAAAAAUAUUUAUCACUAUUUAAAUCUUUCUUUUAUAAAGGUGGACUUGUGGAACAUUAUUUUGUUCACAAAAUACUGUAAUUGUUUUAAAGGUAAUUUUCUAAAUAUACCUUCAGAAUUUUUUCAUCUUCUUUUGGGCUUUGGUUCCAAUGAAGUUCUAAGUGUUCAUUGCCAGUUCUCUUCUCAAGUGCAUUAGACCUAUUCUGAUGAACUAAUAAAAAUGUCAUACUGUAGGGUCUUCAAAGCACUGUAGGAAUACUGUAGAAGUACUUUUUCAGAAACAAAUCCAUGGCUGACAGUCAAAUUAAAUGAAUGCUUAAAAUAUUGUGAUAGGGCUUCCCUGGUGGCGCAGUGGUUGCGCGUCCGCCUGCCGAUGCAGGGGAACCGGGUUCGCGCCCCUGUCUGGGCGGAUCCCACAUGCUGCGGAGCAGCUGGGCCCGUGAGCCAUGGCCGCUGAGCCUGCGUGUCCGGAGCCUGUGCUCCGCAACGGGAGAGGCCACAACAGAGGGAGGCCCGCAUACCACACGAAAAAAAAAAAAUAUUGUGAUAGUCUUAAUUAAUACAUAUUAAUAGAUACAAACCAUUCUGAAACUGAUGAUAAAAAUCUAUGUGACUUAUCAGCAACCCUCAGUUAUGAUAUUUAUGUAUAUUUUUUUCAAGUUUCUUCCCAAGGAGUAAGUAAAGAUAUAUGGUAGCCAUUGUUUAGCAUUUACUGAUUUACUUGCAGAGAUUUCAGAGAAUGUUAUGUGUUUGUCACUCAUUAAAAGUUCAAUGCUGUAUUUCUAAUCUAAUUGAUCUAAGGUGCCAUCAGUUAUUAAGAAUCACCAUUAUUUUAUGUUCCACUGAAAAAGAGAAAACACUACCAAUAAAAUAUGCAAUGCUUUUCUUGUUACUUGAAGUUUUUAUUCAUUGGAAAUCUUUUUUAAAAGCACUUAAAUAUAGAUUUGUGUCAUUUAACCCUUUUGCAAAUACAUGUAGAGGAACAAAAAAGUGAAAUAUUAAGAUACAGUCAAGACUUUUCUAAAGCUUCACAUUUAGAGUCAAACUUUUCUAAAGCAAUUUUCAACUCAAGAGUGGUUGAUAUCCAUGUGCUAUCUUCUAAUACCAUCUAGUACCAUCUGUGCUAUCAAAAGUAUUGAUAAAGCUGCAUAUUCUACAAGUGCCACCACCACACUGAUGCCUGGAUUUACCUUCAAGCUAUGGACACCAGAUACCUAUUCUGCAAGUUGGAUGCUGAUGCUUUAUUACUUUACAGAGUUGUUUCACUUUUACCUUAGUUUAAUCACAUGUCUCUAGAAUGUAGUUCUAUUUAAAUCAGUGGGAGGUUUCUGACAAGUUGGUGGUCACCACGUUAAUCAUAUUCCUGCACAAUGUAUGGAUUCUAGUUGCUUUGAAAUGUUAUCUGUUUCAAAGAAUUUGGCAGUGUCUCUUUCCUUGAUAUGCAUCGCUUGGUGUGUAGUACCACACAUGUAUCACCAGCAGUGUAUCUAACUCAACCAAUGUGAUAAUCACAUGCAUGAAUAAGUAAUAAAUUGGACAUUUUCUCUUGAUUUAAAAAUCACAGCGCUUAAAUCGUAUACUUUCAAGGUUUGUGAAGGACAGCUACAAUUUGUAAUUAAAUAUAUUCUGUAAACUUAUUGAUGAGUUAAUAAUUAACAAUGACCCAGAAGGCAUGGAAAAAAAAAUGCAACUUUUGAUAUUAAUCUCCCUUGGGCAUUUGUCUUGUAAACUAAACAAAACAGAAAUAAUGUGCAUUAAUGCAUACUAAGUGGGAAUACAGCUUUGAAAAUCCAAGUUAUGUGCUGCUGAAAAUCACAAAAAUUUGAUGGAGUGAAUCCAGAAUCAAUUCUCACAAGCUGUGAUGAUCCACUCAUCUUCUGAGGCAAAGCAAUACUACCUAUGUUAUAUAAAGAUUACCAGAUUUAGCACAGAGCCAAAAUCAAAACUUGCCUGCUGCAAAAUAUAUGUAUAGCUAUCACAGCUGGUAACUGGUGUGCUACACAUGCCAUUCACAUACACCAUAAUGCCCUUUGGACUUGAGACCUGGAGACCCAGAAUUUAGGAAACUUGUAGUCUA